CGCGCUUUUCAACACUACUACUGGCUGAAUCAGCUGCUUGAAUCACAAAAUACGCACAAAUUGAGACAAAAUUUUGUUUUUGAAACGAAAUAAGCGAUAAUUGAAGCCUACCAAGAUGAUUGUCCCACGCCUGGCACUUCCCAUUAGCCUUGCCCUGCAGCGCGUGUCGCGCCGGGUGGCGGAACACCCCCAUAACCUAAGGAUCCUGCAGCGCCACAUGUCCAGCGUGUACUUUCGCAGUGGAGCCAUCAAACCCAAGCCCGAGGAGAUGCCAUUCGGCCUGCUGGCCAUCUUCUGUGCCGUCAUACCGGGACUCUUCGUGGGCGCCACCAUCAGCAAGAACGUGGCCAACUUUCUGGAGGAGAACGAUCUGUUCGUGCCCGCGGAUGACGACGACGACGAGGAUUAAGCAUCCGGACACUUGACAAUCUCCAUGUGGGAGUGCCUCCUAGUCGGGAUAAAUGUGUUGGCAACGCGGCGUUCUCCCACGCAGAGGAAACCAGCUCACGGCCAUAUAUUUGUUCAUCCAUUAGCCUCCUUUUUCUACAUACAUAUAUAAGAAUCCGCGCAGCUCUUGCAUUUUUUGUGUAUUGUCGUGUAUUCUUCAAGUCCCGCUUUGAUAUUUUCGCUUUCUGAAUGUUAACUAUGCUCGUUAAAUACUUGAAUGUACUAGAAUUAAAUAAAGUUUAUUCGACUAUGCU